AUGCAGGUGGAGAUGGUCCCUGGGGCAAUAAUACUGUUCAUCCUCUUUCUGCUCAUAUUCUGGGCCUUCCAGUUUCAGCAAGCAAGAGGCAGGCUCCCUCCUGGUCCCAGGCCCUGGCUCUUUCUGGGGAAUCUACUGCAAAAAGAUGUUCUGCCUCUGUAUAAAACCUAUCCAAAGCUCAGUAAAAAGUAUGGCCCAGUUUUUACCAUCUGGAUGGGAACAAAGCCAAUGGUUGUGAUUUGCGGACAUGAGGCAGUGAAAAGUGCUUUGGUAACUCAUAGUGAAGAAUUUGGUGGACGACCUCUAGUACCUAUCGUUGAUCAAGUAACGAAGAGCAAUGGGCUUAUAAGUGAAAAGAAAUGGAAGAUUAUCCGUCGUUUUACUCUCACCACACUACGGAACUUAGGAAUGGGACAGAAGUCAAUGGCUGAACGGAUAUCGAAAGAAGCUCACUGUUUGGUGAAGAAGAUGACAACCUUUGAAGGUCAUCCCUUUGACAUAGUCCCUCCCGUCACAUCUACUGUUUGUGAUGUUUUUUGCUCUGUUAUCUUUGGGAAUCAAUUGCCUUAUGAAGGCAAAACCUUCUCUGAACUAUCGGAAAUCUCAGACACAUUCUCUGGAUUCUUUGCAAGUCAUCUAGGAAUGGUGUACAGCGCUUUGCCAAAUAUAUUGAAAUUCUUUCCCGGACCUCAUAAGAAAGUUUUCUCUGACUGUAACAAGGUCUGUGACUUCAUUAGGAAUAAUGUGGAUGCUCACAAGAAGACCCUGGAUCCAGACAAUCCUAGAGACUUUAUUGAUUGCUUCCUUCUUAAACUAGAAAAGGAAGAAGAUUCUUCAGUUCUCUCUAUUGAAGACUUGGUUAUGUCUGUGUUUGUGCUUUUUAUUGCUGGGACAGAUAGCACACGGUUAUUCAUCUCAUAUGGCCUUAACCUUCUAGCCAGGUUCCCAAAUGUCCAAGCCAAAGCCCAAGAAGAAAUAGAUGAUGUUGUGGGGGCAAACCGUAGUCCCUCCAUAGAGGAUAGAAUGAAACUGCCCUACAUCAAUGCAUUUGUUCAUGAGAUCCUACGUUCUCCUCAAGCAAGCAAUGAGAACUUCCCACGUAUGACAACCCAGGAUAUGAAUUUCAGGGGACAUUUCAUCCCUCAGGGCACUGCUGUUCUUCCAUUAAGAGUUUCAGUACAUUUUGAUCCUCUCUGCUGGGAAGAUCCAGAGACAUUUGACCCAAGUCAUUUCUUGGAUGAGAAGGGUAAAUUCCAAAAGAAGGAUGCCUACAUCCCUUUCUCUGCAGGGAAGAGGGCCUGUCCAGGAGACGCUUUGGCUAGGAUGGAGCUCUUCCUGUUCUUCAGCACCUUGCUCCAGAAGUUCACCUUCUAUCUGGAUAGGGACACCAAAGACACAAAUGUAAAGUCUUUGUUUAUGGUCUUCCAAAAUAAGAAUCAAUACCUCCUUAUAUGA